AUGUUGAACGAUGCUGCUGCUACGACAGAAGCCGAGAAUGAGCAGAAGCCUGGAAGCUGCAGCGAAGAUGCUAGCGCCAGCAAGCAUUCUUUGGCGAAGCCUGCCAAAAAGAGACUGAGCAAGCUGGCUUUGCAGCCGCUUCCUGCAGGCGGAACUGCCUCAAAAUCAGCACAGUCGCUCAUCUCACGCAUGUCUGCGGGAGCUGUUGGGCCUGCGUUGUCUCUUCGCACUUCGCUUUCGGGCUGCCGGGGUGCGGACUUGCACGCGGUGCUUCGCGCCCUCGAAGAUAAUCAGGACAUCCACUUCCUGAGCAUUGGCUGCAACGCUGCUUUAGCCACUUCUGCUUCCCUGGCCUCACAGUUGGCCGGCGUGCUGCGCCGAGGUUUUAUCUGGGCCUGCGACUUUGGGGAGCUUUAUUUCCGCGGGAACGUCCUUGACGGCUUCCUGAAGAGCCUUGAGGGCCCCGCUGGCACACCUCUUAGCAAUCUGGCGUUUACAUUUAUCGACAAGGGCUGCGGCAUCAACGAUCGCCAGGUUGCAAGGCUGAAAAACAUGACCCGACAGCGGCGUUUGCUGGACAAGUCCAUCUCCUCGACCAAAGUGGAUCGAACACACGCUCCUUGGCUCGACAUCCCACGCGUGUUCGGGCUUGUAAUGCGAUCUAAGAAUCUUACCAAGUGCUUCUGGCGUCCCUACCAAGAGGGUGAGUUCUGGCGCAGGGCGGGCUUCCAUUGCGCUGGCCUGCGGGGAUCAUCCCAAUCCGCAGGUAAGCGAGUGAACCCAGCAAUUCAGCGGCUGACCACGGCAUUGCACCGAGGAAACCUUGAGGCCUUGGCUUUACAAAAAGCUUUCCCUCCAGGGGAGGAGGGCCACCGACGAAGUCGCCAGCUCCUCGAGGCAGCCCUCCACCGGUCCCUCCCCCCGGCUCCGCUUCCUCGCUGGGUGCUGCCUGGAGAAAAGCCGCAGAAGCGGCAUUCAGAGCUCCAACCCUCACUGCAGGAAGGACUCCUCAAACGGAGGCGCACACGAGAGUCGCAAGAGGCAACAUUGCCGCAACCAGUGAUCAUGCUGGAUGGCUGA